AAUGAAAAUAUAGAGAUCUGAAGAUGAUUUGUCCUCUAAAUUGCAAGAAGAUGGAGUUAAUUAAUCAGCAGAUAAUUUAAGCGAUGAGGGAUAAUUAGAGAAGAGUACCUUGCAUUAUACUUGGUUUGUCAGGACUUUCGGACCAAUGAAAAAAGGAUCCCUUCGAUAGUCUGUUAUUGCACUCAUGUGUGCGGCAAUGGGUUCAGGUAUGUUAUCCUUUCCAUGUAAAUUAUAUUUUCAUAAUAUUUAAAGCAAAUCCUGUUUAAUCUGGAUUAAUUAAUUGUAUAUUACUAAUGGUUAUUUGCGCAUUAUUAUCGAGAUUUUCAAUGUAGAUACUAAUGAAAUGCGCUUUCAAAUAUGAUUAACAUUCAUAUGCAGAAUUAGUCAAAUUUGCUUUGGGUCCAAGUAUGUAAAAAUUUUAUUCUGUGGAUGUGAUUUGUUAUACUUUCGGAGCAAUUGUUUGUUAUUAAAUUUUAUUCAUAUAAUUGGUUUGGCAAGUUUUAAUAAAGUUUAACUUUGAUGAAUCAUAUAAGGAUCAAGUUAGAUAUAUUGGUGGUUCAAUUUUCAUGAUUAUAAACUUCCCAGUUAGUAUGAUGAAAGACUUAUACUCCUUAAGAUACUUCACUCAUUUACAAAUAUUAAUUAUAGCUUAUAUUCUAGUGACUAUCGUCAUCUAUUUCUUGAUUAAUGUUUCUAAUGAUUUUGACUCAAAUAAGAUAGUUUAUUUUGAUUUCAACAUUUAAUUAACAAGUACAUUUGCUGCAACAUUUUUCGGUUAUAUUUGUCAUUAGUUAAUAUUUCCUAUAAGAUCUGAAUUAAAAAGAUCAACAUUGAAGAGAAUGUCCAAAAUAUUUAAUAGAGCCAUCUUUUCAGAGGCAAUAAUUUAUUUAACUUUAAUGAUUUUUGGAUAUUUGAGCUUUUUUGAGAACACAGAAAAAAUUAUUAUUGAUAAUUAUGACGAUAUUCCAUUCACAUUGGCUAAAGCCUUAUUUGCUUUUAUAAUGUUUUUUGCUGUUCCAAUAAACCUAAAUCCUUCUAGAUUAACUGUUUUACAAUUAAUUGAUAAGGAAAAGAGUUGGAAGGCUUAUGUAAUUAGUACAGUUGUUUUAUAAUAUACAACUGGAGUUAUUGCAAUGAUAUAUCCAAAUGUAAAGUAAUAGAUAUUUUUUUUAAAAUAGAGCAAUUUUUGGUUUAUUAGGAGGCAUUUUUGGUAUGAUUAUGGUGAUUGUACUACCAUGUACAUUAUAUAUUACCUUGGAACUCAAAGAAGGCAAAAAGUGGUCUGAUUCAAACAUUAUAGUUACAUUAUUGAUAGGGAUUGUUGCAGGAAUUUCUGGUUUUACAGGAGCAAUAGUGAGUUAGAUUUAUUCAUGAUAAAAUAACA